GCGUUUAACCAUUCCCGCGUUCUGUGCUAUAUUUAGUAUCAAUAUCUCCUGCAAGUUGUGGUCAAGUUUAUAGAAUAUACCUAGUUUUAUAGUUUAUAGCCUUUGCCUUCACCUUGUACUUGAAGAUUUUUUUAUACUCGUUUCACCGAUUUCAUUAAAUUAAACCACACCUUAAUUUCACGGCUAAAAUGCCAGGAAUAGAUGAUUGGUGGACUCGACCAUAUGUAACUAUUCAAAAGCUGUUUGGUAUGUAAUUAGUGACUUAAUUAGUAAUGAGUAAUGCCAAUGUAAUGUUACAAUGGUUGUCAUUACUCAAUAUUUAUAUUAAUUAGGCCUAGGCCUACUCAUUUUGUUUGUAAAUUUAAAAAAGAAAAUUGAAUAUUGAAAUUAAGUACGUUUCUGUUCAGACAAUUGUCACCACUGUGUAUCCAUUCUCUGUGUAAUAAUUAUUAGGUGUAUUCAGUAUAGUAUAAUGCAGUAUACUUACAUUUACUACAUACAUUUCAAUUUCAUACAUAUUGUUAAACACUAGCCUACACUUACACUAAAGUCUAAAGUUAAAGUAACAAUAUUCAAUAUAAAUAUAACUAUACAAACAGAACUUUAAACAAGUCAUAUAAUAUAAUAUAUAAUAAUAUAAUAUAUAGGCUCUAAUCUAGUCUAAGAGUAAGAAUCAAGUGAAAGUGAAGUCACCUUAGGCUUAGGCCUUAGGGCUUAGUUGUAAAAAUUUUCUUAGUCUUACUUAGUACAAUGACAAUUAGUUGCUAGGGCUAGGGUGAUUUCAAAAUUCAAAUCUUGAUUGAUAGGGCCUUUCCCUAUAUGAUAUACCAUGCCAUUUAUUAGUUUGAUUUAAUCAGUACACUUGAGUACACUCAUCAGCGCUGUUUAAAUAAUUAAUCAAUGGUAGGCCUUCCUAGCCUAAUAAAUAAUAAAUUCAAUAUUAAUUAUAUGAUUAAUUUCUUUUUUUUCAGAAGAAAAUGAAGGUAAAAAACAUGAAGAAUUCAUAAAGCAAGUUCAAACUUAUUAUACUGAGCGGCUAGAUACUGCUGCACUUUCAAAGGUAAUAUAUAUUUAAAGUAUAGAUUAUAAAAUGUGGUGGUGCUGAAUACUAUUUAUGCUAUACUAUAUUGCAUACAUACUACUAAUGAAGACCUAUCAUCAAUCAUAUUUCAAAAGAAAGAAGAGAAGAAAAAAAAAGAAGGUCCAACUUAAGAAAAUAAAAUGUAUUUUUUUAAACAUAAGUCAUAAGUAUUACCAUUCUACACUUUCCACAUGUUAUAACUGAUGCAGACAGGUAAGACAUUAACAAACUAAAUAAGUUUCUGAGACUCCAGAAAUCUAAUACCAUCGUAAAAUCAUUAUUACUAUAACUAUUGGAUCUGAGAGACAGAACCACUUCAGCAAACAAAACGAAAAUAAAGAAUGUUUAACUCUUGCCUUAGCCUUAGACAAAUCCUUAGGAUUCGUCAAACUAAAACCAUAAGAAAUAAAUUACAGCAAGAUCAUAUUGAAAAAGACCUGCUGAAGAAGAAAUUCCUCAAAGACAAUUAAUGCCAGAUGAUAAUGAUAUUAAUCAGUAACAUGCUGUGAAAACCCAGACCCUGCAUUUGCUUUUGUAUAGAAUGAUUAGAGAGAAAACAUAAGUGGUCCACAAUGUUAUUACUUGAGUUAGGCCUAAAUAAGAUAGAAAGUAAGUGGGAACAUUUCGAGAAUUUUCCAAUUCAAAAUGGCAUGUAAGCUAAAGACUGUUAGGUUAAUGUAACUAAAUAAUUUUAAUUUUUUUUUUUCAAUUGUAAAAUUUUUUUUAAUUAUUUAUUUUAAUUUCCAAAGAUAAUGGACAUUUUCAAUCCAAAUGAAAUUCAGUUCCUCCAGAUUGGAGAUGAUUUAAAUUAACAGAUAAAAGCAUUGCUUUAAUUAUAUGGGACAAAUAAAAAUCAAGAUUUAAUUUAACCCUAAUUGUCUAAUUCAAGAAGUAAAUAUUAUUAAAAUUUAUUGAAUAUAUUUAUAUUAAAAGGCACUUGCUAAUAAGAACUUCUGCUUGUUUUUAUGUAUUAUUAUGCUUGCCUAAUUUUAUAAUAAUAAAUUUCAUUUUCGUUUAAUUGAUCUUUUCGGUUUUUAGAAAUUAGAAAUUGAAUUGUGUCACAGAACGUUUGUUACGGAAGAGAGCUCCGGUUAUGACUUAUCACAAACUGUAUUGAUCUAGUAAUGGUCUAGUAAUGGUCAGUACAUGACCUCUCCUCUCUGUGAUUUAUAUUUUGAGUACUAGGCAUUGUGACAGACAAAAGCACAACAUAGACUUUAAUGAAAUCAAAAUAACACAAACUAUAGGUGUCCAGACGAUGACAUAGUAUGUGUUUAUUUCUAAGAUAAAAAGCUCUUCUGUUCGUACUGUCAAUAAUCUAUAUGUAUCUCUAAAUUUGUGACUUUUUCCAAACUAUUCAACUGUUUUGUCUCCUCUAUUCCUAUGUUCAGCUAGUCAACUGUCAUCUCCUAAUCUCUCACAACUAUAACUAUUCCCUCUCAUUUGCUUUCUCUCAGCUCUUUUUCUCCCCGACUUCUCAUGUCAUGAAGAGUUCUGUCUUAUGUAUGAAUCUCUACCGCCAUAGGUGGCCCAGGAAUGGUAUUUAUUAACCACACACACCCUAAAUUUCCGGUUAAUUACAAUUUCCCAUCGUUAACCCCAAAAUUAUCAUGCAGGCUGGAAGGCUCAAAACAUAAUGUUAUGGAAAGAAACAAUCCCUUCUAUCUCGAAAAUGCAAGAAUCUAUUAACCUUAACCUCACCCCCUUAACUAUUCCCUCCCUAAAAAACAGCAAUUUGCAUCCAUCCAAUAAGUUACCUGACCAACAAUGGAGCUCUGCUCUGUACGCCUGCCCGAGUCAAUGGUGACAACUUGGAGUUGAGAAAGAGUGAAAAUUAGUUUUGCUAUUCAAAUUAUGUAAUCAGCAGGCUUUGGUAGAGUCAGUGAUGUUGAGGAAUGAUAAUAUCAUGACAUUGAUAAAUUUUAAAGUGGUGAAACUGAAUUAAAAUUCAUAUUCAUAAAAUGGAUUAGAUAUAGGCUAUAUAAUAUUAAGACUAUGAUUGACUAUCAUUGAUUGUAAGUUUUUAAAACUUUUUUAAAAGUUAAUUUCAUAAUCAUUGUUAUCAGAAUAUAAUGUGAAAUUUCAAUUGGGGAAAGGUUAUGAAAAUCCAAUUUUAAAUGGAUUCAGUUUUGAUUUUAUUAAUUUGUCUAAUAUUAUUUGACUUUGACUUAAAAAUAAAUCUGUACCGGGUAUGUUAAAAUGAAAAUAAAAUCCAAAAGAUUAAUUGAAAUAAGAUUAACUAUAUUAUUUUUAAAAUUUAUAACUGUUAAUAUAAUUCAAAAGCUUUUAAAAUCCUUUUAAAAAAUUAAAAAUAUCAGAUAUAUCCGAUUUAAAUUUUAAAAAAUUAUGAAUUUUACACAAAUAAAAUUUUAGAUUUAAGUUUUUCAUUAUUUUUUUUUUUUAACUCAUGAUUUUUAUCAACCCUGAAUUCCUUUGUUUUUAUGUUCAUCUUAGAUACCCUCCGUGAAUACUGUGCCUCUAGAUCAGCUAAAGUCAGGAUCUCUUGUGAAGUAUCGAUGCAUGGUUCAAGAUGUUUUUGAUCCUCAAUAUUGCGUUGGUCAGUAUAAAGUGACCAAUACCAGUACCCAAACCACGCGUAUUGAAUUUGGAUCAUUUCGUGAUGUUCCCAAUUUAUCUGUAAGUCUUUUGACUAAGCAAAGUAUAAGCCUUUACAGUAUAUAUGUUUACAUUGUUUUUUAUUUAUUUUAUAUUUAAUUGUUAUAUUAUUGCCAUGUUAUGUGGGCUUAUAUUUUGUCCUAAUUAUUAUUUUUGUAACUCUUUUUUUUUUCCACACCAUGAAGUAAAGAAAUAUAGAAACAAAAUUUUAAGUUAUUGACUUACCAGAGGGAUUCAAAUUUUUUUUUUAGCCAAAUGAAGUCAUUGACUUUGACAGUGAGAAUACACACAUUGAAAGGCUUGGUUUCUACUGUGUACCCAUACCAGGGGAAUCGGAAUGGGUCAAAGAAAUAUCCUUUUGUAUUAUUUUGUAGAAAACGUUUCCAGUAUUCUGGGCAGAUAAUGUUACUCUGAUAUGUAUAUUAUAAGUAUAAAAAAAAAAAAAUAAGGGUAAUUGGAUUUGUGUGUUUAACUUUGAAACUGUUAUGGUGUGCAGUGCAUUUUAAAUGGUUACACAUUUCACAUUUAUAUGUGAUAAUCCUUAACUUUGAGUUUCAAGCUUAUGACAAAAAGGAUUCAAUCACAAUUACACCUUCAACAAGUACAUCAGCUGCUCGUUCCAAGAGGGGGAGAGACAAUGAAGACAGUGAGAGUGAGACACUGAAAAGGACAACUAAAGACUGCAAAGAUUCAUCCUCUGAUAUAGAAAUGGCUUGUGCAGAAACUUCAUUGUCACAAGAUGGACAGAAUCCACUGAAUAAAGGUUGGAACAAUUUUUAAUUUUAGCAAAACUACACCGGUUAAUUCAAACUUUUAUAUUUUAACAAAUUAUAUUGAAAUUAACUAGCUUAAUUUGUAUUACUACUUCUCUCUAACAUAUAUAUCUUUCUUUUUUUUAUAUAUUCACAUAAUUCUCUUAUAUUUUAUAUAAAUAAAAGGAUGUGUCUGUAUACUUCAGCAGAUGCUACAACAAAUGCUCGCAGCAUCCCUUCUGGUAAUACUAAAGUUUAUGAUAUGAACAUGCCUUUGGCAGAUGAGAAAGGGAUACCCUGUAUUGUGAAGGUAUUUGGCAUAAUUUAUUACAAAGUAUUGAGAGUGGAAUCACUCAUUUUUUAUUAUACCAAUGAUUUUAGAAAAAUACUAGAUCUCUUCAUUUUAUCUCACAUUCAUAGACUUCGAAAGUAACUUCGAAAAUAAUUUAUAUAUAAAUGGACAAGUGCAAUGAUAUUUUUCUCUCGCAAAUGACACAGAAUUAUUUCUUUAUUAUUAGGUAUAUGCCAGUGAUGCUGUUCUUAAAGCAACAGAUGCUGUGGAAUUUGUUGGAAUUCUUUCAGUUGAUCCAUCUUUAGCAUCAAUUUAUGAUGAUGACAUUGAGUAGGCUAUGUUAUUUUAAUUAAGUUACUGCAAAGUUGCUAAAUAUGUUAACAAAUACUAAUUCUAUGUAAAAUUAUAUAUUAUUGUUGUUACCAAAUUUUUAUUUGUCUCUUUUGUCGUUAAAAAUUACUUUAAAUAUUUAAAAUAUGGAACAUGCAACUUUAUUCUUUUUUUUUUCUUUUUCUUCGUUUUCCUUAUAGUUAGAAAUCCACAUAUCAAACAUAAGUAUAAACAUUUUGCAUCCUGAUUUUCCAAGUUUUUAUCAUAGUUUCUCUUGUUAUUCAGUUGUCUGGGGACUUGAAGUUCAAUUAGCGUUUUGCCCCAUAAAAAAUACUUGUAUGCUCAACAAUUGUUUUAACAGAUGUGAUGAUGUUGCUUAUCAAGAGGAGCUACAAGCCCAUGAACCCCCUCCUUCUUUAGUUCCUCGUAUUCAUGCACUACUCAUGAGGCCCUUGCAGCACAACAACCCAAGUCUUCCUCCAGUCCCACAAGCUGAUGUUUACAAAAUUGGUGAGGAAAUAUGAAUACUUAGCUUUGUUAAAUUGUGAUUUGUGUUUAGUGUUUUGGAAAAUGUAUAAGAUUUUAACUUAUAGAAAAAUCAGAUUUUGAAGAACUAAAAUAUUUUUGUCAUGAUUUUGAAAUAUGACCAAACAAAUCUUUUAAAAGGGGUAAUUGUUUUUUUAUGUAUUGAUAUAUUCCCAACCAUUUGGAUGAGCCAGGUUAAAUUUUUAUUUUACAAAAUUGUUACUUUAAAAAAAAAAAAUAAUAAAAUCAAGUAACAUUUGAAACUCACAGUCUCAUUUGAUGUUAAACCUAACAUUAGAGAGAGGUAUGAGAAGCAAACACAUUGACACCCAAGGAACAAUCACAGGAUACUUUCUGAAGGAAACCCACAACCAAUAGGCACUCUCUACAACCAACCCCUUCAACUCUCUUGCAUAUGCCGAUGACGUAGCACUGUAAGGAAAAAGAAAUGAAGACAUCAAAAGCUUUUAUUGAAUUAGAAGACCCAUCACUACAAGCAGGGCUAGAGGUGAACCUAAAAAAAAUUACAUGACUAUGUUUAAGAGAAGAACAGACAGAGGAAACUAAUAAAGGUUAAUCGCUUUAAAUCUCUAGGAUCUUUAAUAAAUAAAGAAAUGACGUACCGAAAUGAAAGAAAGAAUGUCAUUCUGAGACAUGCCAUACUCCAGUAGUCACAACAUGCUCAAAAGUUAAAACGUUACAAAAAAAAACAAAAAAACUAAAUAUAAGAUCAGUAGUAACAUAUACCAGUAAAACUUGGACCUUAACAAAAACAGCAUAAAAUCUACUCAACAAAUGCUAGAGAAAAGUUCUCAAGAAAAUGUAUCAAGAAAGGGUGAAUAUGAAUGGGUAAUACAAACCAAUCAGGAUUUGUAUUGACUUAACGAGGAUCCAAUAAUUGUGGCAGAUAUAAAAAAAAAGGACAGGAUACGCUGGGCGGGACACUUAAAAAGGAUGACAGAGGUGUGAAGAGGGUACACCACCAAAAAGCCAGCGAAAAACGGCUCAGUUGUAGACUUUGCCUUAGAGGGAUAGGCGAUGUAGAAGAUCUACAGCAACUGGGAAUCCAAACAUGGAAUAGAUAAGCAACGGUUAGGCCUGUAGGAUGUUGAGAAGCAGGCCCAAAGUCCUGCACUGGCUGUAACGCCACAGGGAUGAGACAUUUUAAAAGUGAUUCUUACCACUACUUUCUUUUCAGCUGCUGACCGUUUGAUGGAAGAUGCUUACAGUCUGCGCCUUGAGUUGCUUUCUGUUCUUGGACAUGCUUUAUUAUGUGAUAGUCUUGCGGCAGAAUAUUUAUUAUGCCACCUUAUAUCCAGUGUGUAAGUUCUACUUUGAGAUAUCCAUAAAUGUUUUUUGACAUUAUAUAUUUCCUUAAAUUUUAUUUACAUUCUUUUUUUUUAUCACGAGUCUCUUAAAACACUGUUGAAAUAAACAUUUUCUACCUCUCAACCCAGAGGAUUGGUUUUGAAUGUGUCAGGGUUACUGCAAUGGGUAAAAUGCAAAGAAUGGACACGUUUUUUUUGGCAACUAUUUUUUGGGAGGAUGUAAUUAAUAGACCUUAAGUAAAAUAUCUCCACCACUAAGCUUGGCAUGGAUAAAAAAAUGAGCUGUCUUCGCAAAAAUAGCUGUAGCAAUACCAGGUAAAGUAUGGCCAACAGAAUAAAUUUGGAACCUUACACAAAUAUAAUCUCAAAUGAAAAACUUAUUUAAAUUCCUUCACAUGUAAAAUGAAUAUUGACAUGUCAAAAAUCAAUGUUAACCUGUUAUACAUUGUUUUAUACUCGACACCAGAUAUGCUAGAGCAGAUACCCUCCCUCUGGGCAAGCUCUGCCUAAACAUCAGUGGUUGUCCGGUGACUCAGAGAUACACACAGUUUUUACACCAUCUCAUUUCCCAACUAGCAACUCAGGUAAUAGCAAGUUUAUGUCAAUUAAGAAUCAUUACAACUUCACUCUUUACUUGAUGGUUGGCCCUAAGAAUAUAGUUUAAAAUCUUAAUUGAUACCGGGUAUUCAAUUAUUUGCUUUUAGCAAUAGAUUUUGGGUUUUUUUGGGUGGACCUACUAAAUUUAAAUUUGUAGUCAUGUUUUAAAUUUGUUAAAAAAAUUGUUAUAAUUCAUUGCUUGGUUGCUACAAAAUAGAAUAAGUAUAACUUGUUUUUACAGUGUCUUAACAUUCAGAAUCAAGAAAAGAUACUCAUGUUUUUUUGUUUUCUUGUUUUCUUUAUCAUGUACAGUUAUGCAGUGCUACUUUUUACUUACUCAAACUUGCAAUAUUCAAUUUCUCUUUCUUCUUUUGGAUUUUUUUUAGACAGCCCUCCUAGAAAUGUCCAUUGACAAUAUGAACUCUGUAAAAUUGAUACCAAAGAAGGACUAUAAAGUGAAUCGAAUCACUGCAGGCAUGCUUCAACUUGCAGCAGGUACACAUCUGGUUAUUGAUGAGACUGCAUUGCAGCAAGGUCAGCUAAACCAUACAGGUAUACAGAGUUACUUUGUUUUUUUAAUUUAAUUUUUUUUAAAUCAAAUAUCUUAUAACUUGGUGCCCCUUCUUAUGAUUAUGUGAUCAUUACUAGACUUCUAGAGGAUUUUUACAAUAUUAUUAAAAAAGUUCUGUUUCCUUCAUCAUUUUAAGGUGUGUCAAAUGUCAAGGCCCUGGCAGAUGUUAUUAACUGGCAGAAAGUUGACUAUGAUUUCCAAUGGCACCCAAUACCCGUUCCAACAGAUAUUCAUGUUUUGAUAUUAUCAGAGGGUGAAUCGCUCCUCCCAGUAAGUACAGGAUGACGUAAGGGGAUUAAAUAUUUUUUAGCAAUUAUUAUUUGUUUUAAUUCUUUGAUUGAACACAAAAUUUUUUUUAAAACUUUCACAUAUUUAUUGGCGUAUAACACUCACUUUUUCUCCCCGAAAAUAUGGGGCAAAUCAUGUGUGCGCGUUAUACGCCGAUAUAAUGUUUAGUUUUUUUUCCCUGAAAUUUCCUUCUUAAAUUGAGAUGCGUGUUAUACACUGGGGUAUGUUAUACGCCAAUAAAUACGGUAAUUAUGUAAAUAUAAGAACAACUCGAUUCAGGCAAAAAAAAAUCAAAUUUGGUAGUAGAAAUGAAAGGAAAGCUGUGUAUAAUUGUGCUUACUUAUUACACUGCUUUACUUAUGUUGGCUUUUUCAUACAUGGACUUUGAGAACUGAGUUCAUGAGAUUUUCUUUAUCUAUACAAAAGUAUGUUAAGAAAAUAAGCCAAUAUUUUCAUUUAAAUGUUAACAAUUUCGGCUGCUAAGGGAUAGCCUGUUACGAUCCCCAUUUUAAAAUAAGACCCCUUCUGGAUCUCAUUAUAAAGAACAGUCAGGAAAAUUAAAGGAGCUUAGCAACAAUGAGGCAAUGAUAAGCUUCACCAGGAGAUUGUUCUCCAAACAGUACAUAAAAGCCACACCAACUUUAUGGGGGCAACAAAGUUUGGUGUAUUUCUGACCCCCGCAGUGAGUAUAUAUGUCCUUUUCUAUUUUACACUGGAAAGGUCCACAACCCCAAUGCCACAUGGCAUAGGCCACCAUGUCAUCUUUGAAGUAGGAAGACCUUAUUUAGAAAAGUGGCACCAUUUCUACUUUGACAAUUACUGUUCAAGUAUUAAUCUUGCAGAGGAUUUGAUGACUUCAAGCACUCAUUCGUGUGCAAUGAUUUGCACCAACAGGAAAAGCUUGCUACCAUGCUGAGAAGAUGAAAGGUGGGGAUGUUCGUUGUCUACAAAAAAGGCAGGUUGCUGCCAACAGCUUGGUUCAACAAGUUUCCACUUUGCCUACAAAUCAUCAUCAUCAUGUCUCUUAGUCCUUGGACCGUUGGGGCGCUACAGAUGACAUGUGAACUAUUUUCCUCCACUCGUCUCUGUCUUCUGCACUACGCACAGCAUCGCCCAGUGUUAGUCCUGUCCACUCUUUGAUGUUAUCCUCCCAUCUUUUUCUUUGUCUUCCUCUUCUUCUCCCUCCUCUUGUGGUGCCCUGCAAUAUUUCAUUGGCAAGCCCUUGUUUCCUUGUUACGUGGCCGUACCAUUGUAGUCUGUGUUUUUUCAGUCACCAGUAGGUCAUCGUGCUCCCCAAUUGCCUGGCGAACCCUUUCUUUCACUGUAUCAUUGGAGAUAUGGUCCCUAUAGCAGAUGCCAAAAAUGCUUCUGAAGCAUCUCAUCUCCAUCAGCUUUAUUUUCCUUUCAAGAUCUGCUGUUUAUGUCCAGGAUUCGCAGGCAUACAGGAAAAUGGAGAGGACUAAAUAGCGCAUCAACCUGAUUUUGGUGGGGGCUAUAUUUUUGUAAUUCCAUAUUUUCUUGAGCUUCUUUAGUGCUGUUGUAGCCUGCGCAGUCCUGGACAUCAGUUCGGGCUUGUAGCCUUCUUCUGAGACUAUUGCUCCUAGGUAUUUGAAGCGACCUACAGUCUCUAGCCUUUCCUCCCCGACCUUAAUUUCAAUGGAGAUGCCUGUGGUGUUAUUUGUCAUGAGUACAAAAAGAGAAAGUGAUGUUGAAACUGUGAGUCAGAGAUCGAAUGAAGCUCUAGAAAUGUUGCCAUUUCUCAGCCCAUCCUCAGCUCAGCUUCAACAAGUAUUGGAAGAUUUGGAAGAUCAGUACAGAUCCUACUACUCUGUAGGUAGGAAAUCCAAUAAAUGGUGGAGGCAUGGUCUUUUGCUCCUAAUCCAAGUAGGAAUUAUCAACGCCGUCACCAUUAUGAAGGAGACCAAGAAACCUUCCAUUCUGAAAAGCAAGAGAAAUUAUCCAGCCACUAAUCAUCUCUAGUUCCACCUUGACUUACUGUCAGCAUUGCUAAGCUCUUCAGCUCAUCAGCUGCUGAGGAAAAACACAGACAUGGUUUCAGUUAUUAACAACAGCACAGCCAUUGUCAUCUAAACAUAAGCUGAUGAGACUUUUUGACAGGAAAAAAAAAACCUGCCAAAAGAACAACAGUGGGAGGGUACCAGAAACUGUCUUUGGGUGCAAUUUUUGCCAUAUUCACCUGUAUAAGGGUGCUUGCUUUGUGGAGUUCCAAAUGGAAUUUAAUGCGCUUGAUAGAAGACAAUAUAUUGACCCCAAAAAAUUAAAAUAUUUUUUUACCUUUUUUAUGGAUAUUUUAUGUGAAAACUAUUUGGAUUUCAUCUUUCACCAACCAUAAAGAAUGUCCAUUUAUUUGUGUUUCGGUAUUUUUUAUUGUUUUUCUUGCUUCUAGUUUAUUUUGGGUAAAUUAAUAGAUGAAGAACCAUGAUUUAAAAUAUAGUUAUGUCCCCUUCCUUGGUCGCUUAGAGUAGAAAGGCUGAAGAGGCAAAACUGUAAAGGGUUAAAGGUGAAUUUGGAUUACAAGAAAUUGUAACAUGAAAUACUCAUUGUAAUUACACGGAGGCCUACUUGGGAUUCACUACAUUCAACAAUUUUUUUUAAAGUAAUAACAGAUAGUUUUCUAUUGAGUCAUAAAAAAUAAAAUGGUAAUCGCUUUAAUUACCUGAAAUGCAUCUGACAUGAGGUUAUAAAAGGGAUAUAAAUGGAAUCUUGGAAAAUUCAUCUGGUUCUAAAAUAAUAACUUUUUUUGGGGGGCUGAAAUUAUUUGUUAAAAACUUCAUACAUAUUUGUAUUAAUUAUUCUCAUUGCUAUGCUUUUGGAGUGGAUUCUGGCCACAUGAGGCUGAUUCCCAUGCUGCUCAACAGCUCUUUAUAGAUCUUGAAUUUAGCACAUCUAUGUUUUGUUCUAUAUGUUAAAAAAGAAGUUUUGUUUUUUUAAAACAACUAACAUAUAUAUUAUUAUUUAUUUGAGGGAUAUUCAUUCCAUGAAAUCACUUAAUUUUAUAUAUGUUAUCUUUUUGUUUUUCUCAGAAAGAUAUUCACAUCCCACUUGCUUCAGAUGGUCAGAUUCUAGAUAUUCCAAGUCACUUCUCAAAACUUGAUGGUCGCCUAACACCUGAAAAUCUAGACAAACUCAGAGCAUAUAUCACAGCAUGCAGAUUGAUAGACUACACUGUAUCAGAAGAAACCCAAAAAGUAAAUUCAAUAGCUAACAAUUAUUUUGAUUAAAAAUUUUCAUCAAAUUGACCAUUCCCAAAGCUUUUAUAAUCAAAAGGCAUAAACAUACCAAAUUUUAUUGCUUAUAAAAAGUACCUUUUAAACAAAAUAAUGUUUAGGCCUAUUUAUGACAUAAUUUUGAAAUACAGCUACCAUAGCUAAAUAUUUAGCUACCUAUUUAGCUACCUGCUAAAUUCCAAAAUUUUCGUUUUUUAACAAGAUUUUUUUUUGUUAUCUUUCUUAAUCUUUGUUGGAUUUAAGUCUUGAAUUAAGUUAAAUUAUUUUGAUGAUUUCUAGAAGUUUUCAGCACAUUUUAUUUUGUAGUUAAUACAGGAUGACUUUGUUGAGACAAGACAGACCAAUCCUAAAGACAUGACCAUAGAAGAUUUGCAGAGAUUACUUGGUUUAAUCAGGUAGUUCAACUCACCUUGAGGUCACAUCACAUCUUAUAAAGAUUUUUGAAUAAUAUUUUAAAUAUUUUAAAAAAAAUAUAUCUUCUGCCAUCUAAUAAAGAUAUAUCUACCAAAUGAACAGUUCAUUAAACGUGAAACAAUAUAUGCUUUAUCAGCAACAGUGAUGAAUAUUGAAUUAUGUUGUAGUAAAAAUAUAAUGUAAUAACAUUUUUGAUGUCAAAAAGUUUGCUUUUUAAACUGGAAUUAACAUUAUUUGUUUUUGAUGUGUCAAAGUCUUAAUUUUAUUCCCCUUCCUAAUGUUUUGACCUCAAUGUUUUAUUUUGGAUAUGAUCAGAUUUUUCUCAGAAAAAGUUAGCUUUCCAAAAUUCUUCAGAAAAAAUAGGAUUUCCAUGAAAAAAUAAAUACAUAUUAUAAAAAAACAACUAACCUGUUAAAUCAAAAACCAAUUUAAUACAUUUUGCCUUUUUUGCUUGGAACUAUAUGUUAAAUUUCUUUUCACAUUCAGGGUGCUUUCACUUAGCUUCGGGAAGGGAACGUCUACAUCUGAAAUGUGGCUGAAGGUGAAGGCCAUGGAGGAGGAGAGAAAAAGACGAAUUUCCCAAUUGUCAAGACACACUAGAGCUACCCUAUAAUUAUUUAUUGGAACAAUUUUUUUGUUAAAAUUCAUUUUAAACACUUAUCUUAAUAUGUUCUUUUUUUUGUUUUUGCAC